AUGAAUUACAAAAUCAAAAUUAACAAUGAUUUUCAAAAUCUCCUCAGACUUAACUAAUCAAUUGAUAGUCAGCACAACAGCCCACACUAUCUGCCAUCUGUAUUUGAUAGACACGCGAGAAAUGAUAACGGUUUCUUGAAUAGAAAGAUUUAGGUACAUUAGCCUAUCUAAAACUAGAAUAGCUUAGGUAUAAUGUACCCAUAAUAAAACAUCAUUAACUUCUAAUCUAGCUUAGAAUCGUUACCUCAUAUCAAUAAUAAUAACAGUAUAUAUACAGAAAAUUAGAUCGCUUAUAGAAAAGAGAAUAUCUCACAAAUGGGAGGCUAUAGCAAGGAACAUGAGAGUUUGAAAUAAAACCUUGAAAGAUAUAAAGAUCUUAAACGAGAGAUAAAAAAACUUCAAAAAGAAAGAAUUAAGAGUUUGCUGACUAUAUCCACAGUUGAUGAAACAAGUAGAGAUAAUUAAAACUAGAGUUCAGGAUAAAUUAAUAGCUUGAGAUAGAGCCCAACAAGCAUUCAUCAAUCCAUUUCUAUGAGUCCCGUAAAUAUUUUGAAAAUCAAUUAAAAUAACUCAAACUAAUAACAGAGAGUAAAUUCUCUCGCCUAGAAUCCAUGGAAUAAAAGUUUUAAUAUGCUUAGUCAGCCAGCUUUUCCGCAAAUUAAUACAAAUCAAAACUAAUCUUUAAGUCCAAGUGUAUCGUUUGUAGGAAAAUAAUAGCACGUAGAAAUGUCUAAAAAGAUAAAGAAAAUUAUUGGUCCAGAUCAUGAUUUAGAGGAGGUAAAAAUCAAGCCAAUGAAAUCUAUAGUAAACUCUUACAAGAAGUAGUUAACUCUCUCCUCAGAUUCAAGUAGCUAAAGUUAUAGGCGUAGCCCGUCUAUAAGAGAUAGUAGGUUAGAUGAGAUACUUGGUAUAGAAUUUGAGUCUCCAAAGCAAUACUUGAUUAAAAUUGAAGAUGAAAUUUAGCGAGAUUUGGAGGCUUAAGAAGAUCCAUUACUAGCAUAGGAAAAUAAAAUAAAGAAAAAGAUAUUUCAAGACAAGGUUGAUUUCUUUAGACAUAGGUUAGAAAUCGUAUAUAAAAGAAAACCAUUUGUAAUGCGCUGUAUAAAUAAAUUUAGAGGCAUUGCAAAAUGCUUUGGUAAGUUUUGUAGGGAUAUCAAGCAUAUAAGAUUUUCAAGAAUGCGAUAAAGUGCUCUCUAGCUAAAAGAAAUGUAGAAACUUAUAGAAAUGAAUAAAAAGAUAGCUCGAUCGUGGAUUAUCGAGGUUAAUCAUACAAUCCUUAAGAACAUGAUGUUUAGCGAGGAACAAUAUGUUUAAAUUGACAAAAAUAAAAAGCUUAAAAUGAACUUUCUAAAGGAAGGGCUUUCUGUUAAAAAUACAUAAAAGAGAUUCCUUCAAGCUCAGAUCAGAGUUAAGUGUAUACUAUAAAACAUUCUAAAUACAACUUUUAAAAAUAAAAUGCCUGAUCCUCUAAUUAAGUUCUUUCAGUAAAUUACAAAACUUGGCAUUUUUAUUCCCAGAAAAUUUCUAAACAGAUAUGAAAACGAAGUAGAAAUUUUGGACGAGUUCGGCUCAACUCUAAGGUUAAAUUUUACCAAAAGGAUGCUACUUUAUGGCUUCUUUUUAUUCGAAAAAAUUCUCCUAAGAGAUCUUGGAUUCUAACCAGCUGACUAGAAAUUGUAACAGUUCCAUAAUCAGAUGAAAACUAAGUAAGAGUAGAAGCAAGAUGGGGAUAAUGAAAAAGAAUAAGUUUCAAAGUAUUCCAAAAAAUCAUUAGAAAAUUUAAAGGUUAUCUCCUUCACAAUCUACUAUAUAUUUCUGAUGUUAGCAAGUUAAAUGGUCUACAGAAUGAAUAACCGCAAAUCUAAGGAGGAAUUAGAUCUUCAAUAAAUUGAAGCUAUCUACUUUAAAUAUUGCAAGAUUUAACCAGAAGAUUUUGAUUAAUCAGUAAAUCCUCCAAGUUUUGAAGCGAUAUAUGGCUUUUUAAGUAGUGAGCCAGAAUGGACUUCAGAAGUAUUAGAUAUAAUGAAGCUUAUACUAAAUAGGCUAUUAUAACAGACAACUUUAAUUUCUAAUAAACAAAAGGGAAACCUGAAAAAAGCUUUUGACUUUCUCAUUAAAAAGUGA